ACCGUCACGGUCACCGCGGCCCCAGCCCAACCCAGAGCAUUCUUGGUCCCGAUUUCCUCAGCUCAGGUGCCGGGUUCCCCAGGCACAAGCUACAAACCCUAACCCAUCCGGGAGCACCGGAAAUUUUGGAGGCUGAAACGGAAAGGGGAGAAGGCGAUGACGACGAGGGAGCCGCGCGAGGCGUCCCGGCGCGAUGGGCGCGACUCGCACGGGAGGCGCCCCCACUCCUCGUUCAGGUCGCGGAGGGACGAUCCCAGCCCAAGGAGAAGAGAUGACAGGAGGCGUGAAUCGGACAGGGCGCACCACAGAAGUCGAGAUGGAGAAUUUUUGGAGGUGGUGGACCAUGAUCAGAAGCGGAAUAGAGAUGCUGCGCAGAGCGCUGACCCUCCGAAUGCUGAGUCGAAGUCAGCGAGUGAUAUGAAGAAUGGCCCCUCCACCAGGCAUGAGAGAUCACCUAGGGGAACCAAACGAUUUUCUGAGUCGAGUGAGGCAUGGCGGCCUCGGUCUUUCUUUCAGCACAAUGAGCGUGGAAGUGCUGGGCAAGGUGGUCGGCAUUAUGACCGCCAGGCUAGUGACUAUGGAAGGCAAAGGGAGCAUCUCUCUGAUAGAGAUAAACAGAAGACAGAGAGACACAGUUUGCAGGGAAAGAUUGAGCUGGACCAGCAAAAGAAGGAUGGUGAUUCAACAUGGAAGCAUGAUGGAUUUUUCCAGUUGGAGGAAGCAGCACCCCUUGCCAAGAAGAGGCCACCAUUUCAGGAGAUGAAGAUACAAGAAUCUGCUGACACUGUAACAGAACCAGAUUCUAGAUCAAGGAAUUAUCAGGCACGGGGAUAUGGAAAUCAUCGACCCUUCCUAAGGCCAGAUGAUCGAGGCUUUAGAAGGGGGUUUCCUGACCACAGGAGUGAUGGCCAGAGGAAUGGGCAUGAUAUAAGGGGAAGAUUUUCUGUUAGGGGAGGAAUGGACAGAGACAGGUUUAACAAUUCAUAUGGUGGGAGAAGCAACGCAGAGCAGGCUUCUGGUGAUCAAGAAGAAAAAUGGAAGCAUGACCUCUAUGAUCAGACAAACAGGAGCCCGCCUCCAAAGACUGAGGAAGAGCAGAUUGCCAAAGUUGAAGCGCUGUUGGCACUGUAGCUGUCUUAUUUAUGUCUGGAGUUGUUUUUUGUGAUAGAUUAUCAUGUACUUGGUUUCAGAUGUGUUGAAUACUGUCUUUUUUAUUCUAUAUAUUCUGCAUAUCUAUGUGGAAUUGUGGAUUAAACCACCUUAUGAAGCUAUUCCAUUUGGACUGAUAAUAUUGUACUAGAUAAUCAUGAGUUUCAUAAUGUAGAACCAUCAAGCGAAGUACAAGACAAUCAUGAGUUUGGUAG